AUGGUGGGGGGCACCCGCGAAAUUGUGAAACCAGCGGCGCUGGGACCCAGCGAUCAGCUGCCCGUAGCAAAUGUCUGUGCAGUUGCAAAAGACAACUUUUGGCGGAAAGAAGGUUGCCGCCAGAGAGCAUCCGAUAACGCUGACAGAGGCGUGGCGUUGCCAGUGAGAAACAGCCGGCGCUGGGAAAGGAACAGUGCAGCGACCGACCAACUGCGCGCUUUGUGCCACCAAAGAACAGAAACAACACACUCAGACUUGAGAAACUGGUCUGGUUUAAAAGGGUUCCUGGCCUUACAGGUGAGUAAGAAAUCUCACUUCCUGGCAGGCCGAGGAACAUCAGGAUAUUUGGAGGACCUUGACAAGGGAAGAAUUCACCGAAAUCUACAGGUAUUCCAGGCAAAGUGUGAUAGCAAGAUCCUGCGCUACCAAGAGCGCGGCAACCGAGAAAACACGGAGUCGCCCCUAGUGGCGAAAGUGCGGAUGCGAAACCGCUGGCUCGGACGGGCACCGCGAAAUCGAAACUUGCUAGGACCAAGAAGCCAACGACGCGCGAAACCGCAGGGGACUGCGACAGAGACGCCAGCGGCGCCGCCAGGGGACUGGGUUCUGGAGGCCGAGCAGGAACCCGUGCGUCGGCGCUCGCGGCGCUGUGAAGAGACGGCGUCCGCGCAGCUCCUCUGCCUCUGGCUCGGAGGAGCGGCGGGCUCCCCCGCCCAGCGCCGGCGUCGCCCGGGAACCCCAGACUCUGCGCAACUGGCUGCGAUUACAAAUCCCUCAGAUCGGCUACCAGAGCGCUGCCGCCACCGAGAAAAUGGAGGCACCGAGGAACAAGCUGUGCCGCGACCAAGAGAACUCGGCUUGGCGAAAUGGCGGUGCCGGGACCCUAAGAGUGACGCCAGCCGGAGGAGUUCCCAAGGACAACAUCCAUUUGGCGCAACCAACGGUGUUGUCACGCAGAAAAUGUCGACCCUCGGAAAAGAGAGGUUCUGCGACCGAGAAAUUCGGUGCAACAAGUGCUGUGACAGAAAACCCCCCGCUCGGCGCUGCUGGCGAAAGAGCCAACAAAACGCUGGGUGCUGCCACCGUGACACCGACUUUAUGACCCCGGCCUCGGAUGGAGAAAGGAGGGCACGGAGCCACCACAUAACUUCCUAAUGUCUUCAAAUAGCGAAAGUGCUAGCCGGAAACUGCCGGCUGGGUUUACCUAUUGGUGCUCGUGUGGGACCAGCAGAUUCGAGAAACCAGCGGGACUGGAACCUAGUACACUUCGGCAGUUGAGAAAUGACUUACCAGGACAAAUACUGCUUCUGGCUCGAUGGUGCUGCCUAUGAACAUCCGCCGGCUCUGAGAAACGAGCUGCACUGUCAGUGAGAAACCGUGGGCACUGAGAAACGAGCGGACUGCAACUGAUAACUGCCCACCCAGUGCCACUACGACAAAGUGCUGCUGGCACUACUCCCACCCUCCGUCCUCAAAUCAGUCCCCUCCCGCCUAAGAAGACCUUUAUUUUUCAUAGCGAAGUCAUACUGAGGGCCCCAUCAACCGAUCCCUUGCGAUGCGCAUGGGAAAAGGAGGCAGUAUAGGGACCCAGAAUCGGGCGGAUUGGGCUGGCCCUGGUAACAAAGUAAAAGCCAUCCGGGUCGCCAACCGUCUUCCACUGCAAGAAACAAACCUUCCAGUGGCUGGGCUCCGCCCUUCUCCUUGGUCAGAGCCCUCCAGGCUCCUAAGGGCGAAGCCGACACCUCAUCCCUUUGGAACUUGAAGUUCUCAGUCCAAGACCACCGUGGAGAGUGAAAGACACAAUGCCUCCUGACCGAGGCUUCAGGCCUGCCCCGGCAGCUAGGUACCUCUCCAGGGUAUGGAACUCUGUGGGAACUGCUAUUUAAUUUUGAUGGUUAACUCUGUCAGAUGGCCUUCAUAUAUGGGAAUAAUCGUUGCAGGAGGGUAGGGGAAAUAAGAAUCGCAAGACUCUAGCACAGGACGUGUGGAUUGAUGGAAACCUGAAACUGCCAUUGAGCAGAAGGAAAACAUCCCUUUCCAGAACCUUUCUCGUUUUUCUAAAAAUCUGCACUUUUGGAAGUGAUCCCCCAAAGAGACCUCCAGACUCUACCAUGAGUACUCCAGCUGAACUCAUCGUGUCUAAUCCUCACCCUAGCUUAUCCUGUUCAAAUCAUUUCCAUCUUUUUCUGGAUGAACCUGGGCGGAUGUCAGAUCAGAGAAGAGCACAGAAUGUACCAGAGAGGGUCUCAGCUUCUCAUCUGGCCAUCACAAAGGCCCAAAAAGCCCCAUGUGCCCUUACAGAUGGAAGACAAUCAAAAGCUGUCCAUGGAAAGGAAAAAGAUGAAAAGCAAAUGGGUACCCCCAAAAGCAAAAAGUCACAUGAUUAUCAAACCAAAAGGAGCUGAUUCCCUGCCCAGGAGUCAAACCCAGGCCACUCUGGUGAAAGCAGAGAAUUUUAUCUAACUACAAGGUGGAGCAGACUACUUAGUGAAUCUUGAACGGGAUCCAAAGUAAGGAGUUUGAGCUCAUAAAGGGUUUUAACUUUGUUUUCAGUUAGGGGUUUGCUCUUUAAUUUUGUCAAGAGAAUUUCUAAGGCUAGCCAUGACACCACUGUAUGUCUUUCUUUUAAUGUAAUAUUCCUAUAAAUACAAAUAAGGCAAUUGUUGAGAA